AUGUACCAGAUCUGGAAGACCCCACACGCCCCCCCGGACCCAUGGACCUACAUGGGCCCAAAAGCCCGCUACGAAUUCUCCAACUACCGCAACCCUAGCAUCAAAUCUAACUGGCCGGCGACCUUCCUGUUGGCCUGCCUGGGUGACAUCUUCGAUGCGAUCGCAACCCAAGUCUUCAGACCGGACGAGCCUUACCCGGACGGAACCUAA